AUGAAGUACACUAUCGCUGCAGCAACUGCUGCCCUCGCUGGCCUCGCAUCAGCAAGACACUGCCAGAACCUCACGGUCGAGGUGGACGUCUCGGCCAGGAAUGGGAGAUUUAACCAGAGCACGCCACAAACUAACGUGGACGUCACCAAUUUCAUCCUCAACUUGGCCCAGCAAGGCAAGAACUACUCCGCCAACGUACUUGAGGGCUACCAAACUGUCUCCGGCAAAUACCACAUUGCAGCCACAUACUGCCAGCCAGAUUCUGGCCCAGCCAAGACUGUCCAGCUGUUGACUCACGGCAUUGGUUUUGACCGCAGCUACUGGGAUCUUCCUUACGCCAACUACAACUACAGCUACGUUGCUGAGGCUGUCGAUACUUACAAGUACUCGACCUUCUCUUGGGAUCGUCUCGGGAUCGCACAGUCGCAGCACGGCGAAGCCGUCAACGAGAUCCAGGCCCUUCUUGAGGUCGAUGCUCUCCGCGCUUUGACUCAAGACCUUCGCAAAGGCGGCAUCUGGGGUGUCCCAUGUGGCUUCGACAAGGUUGUGCACGUUGGUCACUCCUUCGGCUCCGAGCAUACUUACGCGUUGACCGCUAUGUAUCCAACCAUCUCUGACGGCAUCGCUUUGACUGGCUUCUCCCAGAACGGCAGCUUCAUCCCAUACUUCGCAUUUGGUGGCAACUUCAUCUCUGCCAGGAAUGUCUCAGGUCUCGCCAAGUAUAACUACCCUGCCGGCUACCUUGCAGCAGGCGACAUCAGCGCAGUCCAGACCAACUUCUUUGCCCCCGACUCCUUCGAUCCUGCAGUCUUGAACAUUGCUUACACUACCGGCCAACCCGUGACCGUUGGCGAGCUCCUCACGAUUGGCGGCGAGACCGGCAGCAUCAACCACUUCAAGGGCCCUACCUUCAUCAUCACCGGUGAGCGUGAUCUGCCAUACUGCGGUGGCAACUGCCUCGCGCCGCCCACCGGAUAUAGCAGCAUUCCUGCAGCCGCCAUACAAUUCUUCCCGAACGCAACCAACCCGACAGCGGUCGUUGUCCCAGGUGCUGGUCACGGCCUGAACUUGGAGUACAGCCACCCAUUCACCUACGGCAAAAUCAACGACUACUUCGUCCAGAACGGAGUUGGACCAAACGCUUAG